AUGAGGGUUCGACCGGCGAGCGUUUAUAGAUACUUGCUUCUUUCAAUUUGUUGCUUUGUUGGAGUUUAUAUGAUAUAUUCAAUCAUCGGAUACGAUGACGGAACUCAUGUCCCUAUCCAUCGUCCACAGCGUCAUCUAUAUCUGACAGUUUCGCAAGAUAGAAUCGGUAGUCGAUUCGGAAAUUUGGCUCCAAAGCGAAUUCUCUAUUGGACUACUGUUUUCGGAGCGACGGUACCUGCAACAAUGCUCUCCGAUUGUCCUGGCCUGACCGAUCGGUGUGUUAUUGAUACCAACCGCCACCAGCUGAGUUCAGCAGACGCCGUCGUUUUCCAUGCAGCUGAUCUUUCGAGAUUCCCCCUUCCAGUGACCAGGAAAGACAAUCAAAUAUUUGUCUUCAACUCGAUGGAAACUCCUGAUAACAGUGGGCGGUUCGCGGUUCCAGAUAAUUUCUUCAAUUGGACGUCAACUCAUCUUUUCUCUUCAGACGCAAUUCAUAAAUAUGGAUCGUUUCUGAUACCUACUCAGAUUGCAGAAAGCCGAGGAUUCAAAGUACAAAGCUACUACGUUCAACCGAAAAGACUCGUGAAAUCGAAAAGCGGAAUAUUCGGAUUGAUUUCGAAUUGUCAUACAACAUCUAAACGAGAACUUGCUCUUCAGGAGCUGGGAAAGUAA